CCGAUCAAUCGAUAAUGAGCUCGAUCAUCAAAGAAUACCGACUGACGAAGAGAUAAUCGAAAUGGUAAAGCAUCCUGACGAACCCGACGGACCCGAAGAGCCCGAAGAACAGUUUUUUAUUGUCAAAAGCGGUGAAGCAGUUCACGGAGUAGACGUAAUUACUAAUUACAUUAGACAGCAGAACCAAGA